AUGGCAUGUCAACAUCCGAAUUGUUCAUAUCCGAUUCAUUCUAUCUGUGUACACCAUUGUCAUUGGUCUCUCUGUGAAAAACAUAUAGAUGAACAUAAAAGAUCGCUUACUGUUGAAUUUGAAGAACUACUUCAAGAUUUAAUUGAACCAGCAGAUCAAUUAUCGAAUAUAGUUGAUAAAACAAAAAAUAGUUUAACGCUAGAACAUCAGAAACAACUUGAUUGUCUUAAACAAACUUAUGAGAAACAAAUCAAUGAAAUCGAACAACAAUUAGCGAAUCUAUCUGAAAUUCAAGACCAACGUAAUAACAUAUCUAAACAAUUAAGUAAAAUUCAAGCCAAUGAAAUUCUAUUAACACAUGAUGAUUUUCAAAAAAUUGAAUUUUUAACAAAAGAAAUAACUCAAUUUAUGAAGUCAUCAAAAGAUAAAGAAGAAAAUAAAGUGAAUUUACAACCAAAACGAAGCAAAUUUACAAAAUGUCCUUUGACAACUUUGAAUGUCUACGGUCUAGCACUAUCACACAAUGUACGUUUAUGUUGCCCGAAGAAAAAAAUUCAACAUUUAUAUCAUCAUCUUUGUAAUUAUCAUCGCCUAAAAACCUGUUAUACAAAUGAAUUAAUUCAAGCAAUAAAAUUUGAUUUAGACCCAAAGACAACAGUAAUAUUUCCGUUGAAUACAAAAAUUAUUAGUAUUGAUGAUAAAUAUCCGUGUCCACUACAUUAUACAUCAAUAGAAAGUGAAAUUCGUUGUGCACCAUGUACAACUUUGGUCACUAGAAAAUUUUUGCCCGUCCAUUUACAAACUGUUCAUCGUUUACGAGCACCUGAAAUCAAAGAGAUUUUAAAAAAGAAUUGA